GUAACCAUAUAUUCCAAACCCUAAAAUGAUCAAACAAUUGCUAACAUAAAUACUCACCAACGCUGUCUGCCGCCCCGGUCUCUCCAAACCGUUUCUCUCUAACCCGGAUCCGCAAAAAUGCCGCCGAAGUUCGACCCGAGCCAGGUAGUUGACGUUUUCGUCCGGGUAACCGGCGGUGAAGUUGGUGCCGCUAGUUCCCUUGCUCCGAAGAUCGGUCCCCUCGGUCUUUCACCAAAAAAAAUCGGUGAAGAUAUAGCUAAGGAAACUGCCAAGGACUGGAAGGGCCUCCGUGUGACCGUGAAGCUUACCGUCCAGAACCGCCAAGCCAAGGUGACCGUGGUGCCCUCUGCCGCCGCCCUUGUCAUCAAGGCCCUCAAGGAGCCCGAGCGCGAUCGUAAGAAGACUAAAAACAUUAAGCACAAUGGCAAUAUCUCGCUAGAUGACGUCAUUGAGAUAGCCAAGGUAAUGGCUCCACGAUCAAUGGCCAAGGACUUAUCCGGCACCGUCAAGGAGAUCCUUGGUACGUGUGUCUCUGUUGGGUGUACAGUGGACGGGAAAGACCCCAAGGAUCUGCAGCAGGAGAUUACCGAUGGUGAUGUUGAGAUUCCACUGGAUUGAAAAAGAGUUUGAAACUGAAUCUCCUAGGAUUCUUUUUUAUUUUUGUUUUGUUAUUGAAAAUGCAUGAUUUUGAUAUGAAUCAUUAUUUCAACUUCUACUGCGAGGAAAAUGAGACUUGAUUUUAUUUUGGAUAAUUAUGGGUUUUGAUUGUUAAGUUUUGUGGAUUUUUUUUCCUUUUUGUUAUCAGUUAGUUUGAUUGUUCUCAAAUGGAUGGAUUCGCACGUCUUGAAAAUGCCUA